ACUACUAUCUGCAACUCUAUUCUAAAUAACAAGUCCUUAAAGUCUUAGGGAAGCCAGAUCUUGUAUGAAUAUUAUGUUGUUCAUUCUGAGCUUUGCUAAGUUGAGAGGAAGAAAGUCCUAAGUUUCCAUUUUAAGAUUUUGAUAUUUUCUGUUAUUUCCAGAACUCUAAGGAAAACUCAUUGUGAGUUAUCCAAGUAUCCUAUUAUACUUAAACUGUUUAGAACAUUAUAUUAUAAUUUGUUGGUUAUAUAUCUUUCAAUCUUCCAGAUCUCAUAGACAAAAGCAUUAUUUCCCUAAUGUUUACACAUUUACAUUAAAUCUAUAUUAACUCUUUUCUAACAUAUGGAUAAUUCUCUGUCACCAUGAUGGAUAUGAGAUUCUGGAGAAAAUUCUUUUUAUAGUUAAUUGAAGUGACAUGAUUAUUGUGAAGCUAAGGAGUUGUAGACUAUGGGAAGCAUGGCAGUUUGGAAUCGUACAGAUGUGAAGGAAUUCAUUCUAGUAGGCCUGACUGAAAACCCAAAUUGGCAGGUUCCUCUCUUUUUGCUUUUCAGUGCAAUGUAUCUAAUCAUUCUUGCAGGUAAUUUGGGGAUCAUCAUCUUGAUCUGGUUAAACACCCAACUUCAUACCCCAAUGUACUUUUUCCUUAGUAACCUUUCUUUAUGUGACAUCUGCUACUCUACUGUCAUUGCUCCUAAGAUGCUGGUCAAUUUCCUGUCAGAACUAAAAUCUAGUACAUUCUUUGGCUGUGUUCUUCAGAGUUUCUUUUUUGCAGUUUAUGUAACCACAGAAGUCAUCCUCCUGUCUAUGAUGGCCUAUGAUCGAUAUGUGGCAAUUGCAAAUCCCUUAAUGUAUACAGUUAUUAUGACCCACAGUAUCAGCACACAGAUGGUUCUUGCAUGUUACUUGUGUGGCCUCAUUAAUUCCCUGACUCACACAAUAGGUUUACUCAGACUGGACUUCUGUGGUCCCAACAUUGUGAAUCACUUCUUCUGUGACAUCCCUCCUCUGCUGAAGCUUUCAUGUUCUGAUGCACACACCAAUGAAAUGCUGCUUUUGGUCUUCUCUGGAGUGAUUGCUAUUUUCACUUUUAUCAUUGUCAUGGUGUCCUAUAUCCACAUUAUCAUUGCCAUCCUGAGAAUCUGCUCAACUGAAGGGAGGCGUAAAGCCUUUUCCACUUGUGCCUCACACCUGACAGCUGUGACAUUAUUUUAUGGUUCUGUGACAUUUAGCUAUAUCCAGCCAAGCUCUCAGUACUCCAUGGAACAGGAAAAAGUCUCUGCUGUUUUUUACACCUUGGUCAUCCCCAUGCUGAAUCCUCUGAUUUACAGCCUGAGGAACAAAGAUAUGAAAGAAGCAGCCAAGAGAUUGAUUUGUAGGAAGAGCAUCAUGAAUCUGUACUGUCUCUGGCUCUGA